UUAAAGAAUAUUCUAACACCCAGUGGAUGAGGAUAAGCCUUACUCUCUCUCUCUCUAUUUAUUAAUCAUCAAAAUUCUAUUAUUUUAUUUUAUUUUAUCUCUCUAACCAACUGGGUGUUUGAUAUUUAUGAGAAAUCAACGAAUGGGAGCUCCGCCAUUUCUGUUUUCUUUUGUAAUCUGUAAUCUGUAAUCUAUUUCUUGAAGGACAAGAUCUUCCAAUUUCUUGUCUUUGGUUUCGUAUUUCAAAUCUCAAGCCAAGAUAUGUCUACAGCUUUGGAGAUUAGUAGAGGAUGAGAGAGAUCCAACCUUCCGGAUAUGCGCGCGGAGGGAUCGCGUGCAUCGCCAAGCCCGGGAUCUUCGAGUCGCCAGCGGAGAGUGGAUUGGUUGAUAAGGAGGAGGGUGAGGAGGAGAGGGUGGAAGUGAAUCAAUGUAGCUCAUCGGCGUCCUCGACGACGUCGUCCAUUGGAAAGAAUAGCGAUCUAUCGGGGAGAGAGUCGUUGGAUGGCGAGAAUUGUGAGGAGGAAAAUGAAGUGCAAAGCGCGUACAAAGGGACGUUUGAUUCUAUGGAUUCCUUGGAGGAGGCUUUACCCAUAAGGAGAGGCAUAUCGAAAUUUUACAAUGGUAAAUCAAAGUCCUUCACGAGUCUGGCAGAGGUAUCCUCGUCCUCCUCCAUUAAAGAUAUUGCAAAACCAGAGAAUGCAUACUCGAAGAGACGCAAAAGUUUACUUGCCCUCAGUCACGUGUGGGACAAGAAUAGAUGUUUCCCUCAUCGAAGUAAUGGGGGUGGAAUAUCCAAGAGACCAAUUAGCUUAAGCCGAAGCACAUUGGCUCUAGCAGUUGCCAUGAGCAGCUCUGAGAGUAUCAGUAGCACAAGUGAGGAUUCCACUUCUAGCUCCAAGUCUCCACCGCAACUUCCACCUCUACAUCCACGAUCCAGGACUUCUCAUAAUAAUCUAGCUUCGUUGCCAUCUACGCAGCAAACAUUUUCACCUUGGCGAUCGUUCUCGGUGGCUGAUUUACAGCAAUGUGCAACAACAUUUGACAAAACAGAUCACUAACUUGAUGUUUAAUGUACCCCUUUAUUUUUCAUUCUCGAUGAAGUUUCCAUUCCGGUUAUCUCUUGUAUGCUUAUUGUAUUUAACUACGAUAGAAGUUCAGUAGAGGGAUACACGGAUCUUUUCAUCCUCA